AUGGCUUCACUGACAGUGGUGAAAUCCCAGGACUUCCCUGAUCUUGAGAUCAAGUGCUGUAAAAGUAUAACAUUUGGGGAAGCAAAGAGGGGAAAAUUGGAUAAGUCGAAAAGGGAAUCAGAAAGGGAAUGCAUUCUGAUUGGAGUUUGUUCUCUUCUGAACUCAGGAGGAGGAGUUAUGACUGUGGAUGUAGCUAAUUUGUCAUAUGAUUACAAAACGGAGGGGAUGGGAUUAGAUAUUGAGGAACAUUUGGAAAUAUUAGUGGGUUCAGGAUUCGAAGAUAUGAUUGAAUCUAUACCGCGAGACAAAAAGGAUAAGGUCAAGAGGAAUCCGGACAUGGAUGUGGGGAAACCACCUGCUAAGAGACUGGCAUCAGCAUUGCCAGGAAAUGACAUAAUAAAAUUGAAAGCUGAUGAAUUCUUCAAAAUGGACUCCGUAAAUUAUGGUGAGCGUUUAGAAUUUGGAGAGAGUUUGCAUGUAGAAUUGAAAGAGUUCCGUGGUGAAAAAGUUUUGACAAGGCUAAAGGAAGCCGUGCCCAAAUAUAUAUCAGCCUUUGCGAAUACAGAUGGCGGUUAUAUGUUUAUAGGUGUUACUGAUAAAAAUCAAAAAGUUGUUGGGUGUUGUCAUGGGACUGAUGAAGCCAAACUGUGCCGCACGAUUGAAGAAUUGUGUGAGAGGCCCAAAGCUGUUCAUAUGUCAGGUUGCAGGAAGAGAACAGACUGGCCCCCAGAGUAUAGGCUUAUCAGAGUGACAUCAGGGAAGUCUUCAGAGGCUUAUGGGUAUGUGGUGGCCAUCAAGAUUCCACUUUUCUGCUGUGCUGUCUUUGAGAAAGAUCCCAACUCCUGGCAAGUUGAGAGUUGGAGUGACAAGAUAGUCAGGCUUGAAGCUGAAGCCUGGUUGGAGAAACUACAACUCACGGACCCAGAUCCCGACUUUUGUGAACGCUUCCAGAAUGUUGUGAGUCUGCAAAAUUCUCCACCUCUUUGCAAGUCCGUGUACAGUAUCCAGAGGCUGACACAGCUUCAGAAGAAACUUUUCCCAGUUCCAGAGAAUGGUGUUCGUGUGGUGCCAAAGCCCCUGAGAGACAAGCUCAAUGUCCAUCUCACUGAGUCCCUAGAGGGUCCUGGCAUAUGCAUUCUAUCCCAGAGCUGGGCAGUUGAUCUAAAUCUCCCCAAGAAUGAAGAUGUGGUGUAUGAAGCACUGGUGAUCUGCAUGGGAAUGUAUCCCACUCUCUACUGUUUCGUUGAAAAGGACAGUCCUGAGUUGAAGAGGUAUGCAAGAGACACUGCAUUCCAUCUCAAGCAGAAGCUGGUCAACCUGGGAGGCUAUGCAGGCAAACUCUGUGUGAGACCAAAACUGGUGGAGACCCAGGACCUAUCAGAGAUCAAAUGUAGCUGGCUAUAUCCCAACAGCUAUAGACUGAACCAAGAAAAUGACCUGAAGGCCCUUCUCUGCUCCCUGGGGGUUGUGCUGCUGAGUUUUACCUCACCGUUGAGUGAUGAACUUGGCUGUGAGGUUUUUAAUCUGCUAACAAAGGAGCAGUUUGGGAUUCUCCAUAACUAUGAUGGAUUCAAUCAUCUCUUCAUUCAUGGUGUCCCUGGUUCUGGGAAGACGUUGAUUGCUAUGGAACAAAUAAGGAGGAUCAAGAACUUGUACGGCUGUGAGGAAAGAAAUAUUCUUUAUAUUUCUGAAAAUGUUGGACUGAAAAACUUUGUGGGGAUGCAAGCUAUCUGCCAGUGUACAACAAGGGCCAAGUUUAUGUCUCCAUCAGUGGAUCUUUCAGGGGUGCAGCACAUCAUCGUGGAUGAGGCCCAGAACUUCCGCGUGGAAGAAACCGGUGAAAACUGGUAUGAGAAGGCUAAGGGACUUGUGGGUGACGAGGGCAUGUUCUGGGUCUUUCUGGACUACUAUCAGAAAAACCACACAUUCAAUGAUGGUCUCCCACUCCUCACGUCCCAAAACAAAGUCAAAUUACACAAGGUUGUUCGUAACUCUACGAAGGUCAUGGAUGCAAUGUGGCAUAAAAUGGACGAGGUCAUCGAUGGUCCUCAGAAUUUCUUGACAAAACAUCUAGCCGGCAUGCACAAAAAGAUUGAACUGAGCCAUUCGUUCCAGGGGAAGUUUCAAUACAAGGAAGUGCCACCUAACAAAGUGAUGGAGACUGUGAACCAGAUCCUGCACCGUCUCUCGUCUCAAGGACACUCUCCUGGAGAUAUUGCUAUGCUUUUCUCAACACAGAAACAUCUGGAGACUACAACUGCUCGCUACGAAAUGAAAACACAAUUCCCAAUUAGCUCUGUCGAUGAUAUGAGUACGAAUAAGAUGGUCUUGGAUACAGUCCGGCGGUUCAGUGGCCUCGAGCGCAACAUUGUCAUUUUGGUUAAUCCCUCUGUCCCUCCCUUCUUCAAGGAUAAGGAGCGCUGUGGCUUCGGGCGCCAGGCUUACUCGGCAGCACGCAGGAUCAAGAGACGCAGAGCAGGGGGUGCGGAGGUUGAGGGGGGGACUGUGGGGGUACCGGGCGGGCGGGGAGGGGGGGGUGCUGGGGUUUCGGGGUGA